GGCUUACACCUACGCGGGCCUGGCGUACGGAGCAGAGUGCUACUGCGGGAACAAGCUCCCAGCGACCGCCUCGAAGCCCGAGGAGUGCAACAGCGAGUGCAAGGGGGAAAAGGGCUCCGUCUGCGGAGGGGUGAACCGGCUCUCUGUCUACAGGGUGGAGGAGCUGCGGGCAGGAGCGAGGCGACGGAGGAAUGUUAUCUAUCGAGGAUGUUUUAGAGCUCCAGAAAAUUUAACAGACACCUUUCCAGCCUCUUUGAUACAGCCCAAUUUGACGGUGGAGAUGUGCUCUGAAUUUUGCUCCAAGAAAGAGUUUCCCUUGGCAGUCAUCCGAGGGCAGGAGUGCUACUGCGGCUAUCCCACCGGGCGCUUCUCGCUGCGCGAGGGCGCGGAUGGGCUGCUCUGCAGCGGGAUGCACAACACCAGCCGCGCCGCCGAGGGAAAAUACUGCUUGGUCUAUCAGACACCAGUGCAAGACACCCGCUGCACGGACAGGAAAUUCUUAACCACCAAAUCCAAAGUGUUCGUUGCUUUGUCGAGCUUUCCUGGGGCUGGGAAUACGUGGGCUCGCCAUUUGAUAGAGCAUGCCACAGGAUACUACACGGGAAGCUAUUACUUCGACGGAGCCCUCUAUAACAAAGGUUUUAAAGGAGAAAAAGACCACUGGAGAAGUAGAAGGACCAUCUGUGUGAAAACACAUGAAAGUGGCAAGACGGAGAUUGAAAUGUUCGACUCGGCGAUCCUGUUGAUACGGAACCCGUACAAGUCGCUGAUGGCGGAGUUCAACAGGAAAUACGCCGGGCACCUGGGGUACGCCACCGACCGCAACUGGAAGAGCAAAG